AUGAAGAUUCCACGCUACACCGGUUGUUCCGCUGGAUGUAGCUAUGAUUUGUGCGGUUUCUCUGACGCGUCCACGAAGGGGUAUGCAGCGGUCGCUUACCUCCGUGUCACUGCAAAGUCAGGAAGUGUUGAUGUCUAUCUUCUAGGGUCCAAAACGAAGUUGGCUCCAAUGAAAACCUCGACGAUCCCACGGCUCGAAUUGAGCGGAGCGUCGGACUCGACCAUUGUGCUCUCAUGGUUGGGCAACACUCAUACCUCGUUUAAGACUUUCGUAUCCAACCGUAUCUUCCAAAUUCAAACCACGAUUCCUGUUUGCCAGUGGUUACAUGUUCGGUCGGAGAAUAACCCUGCAGAUUGUGCUUGUCGGGGACUUCGCCCGUCUGAACUCAAGGAGGCGACGUUGUAUUGGAAGGGACCUACCUUUUUGUUAUCGAGUGCCGACAGUUGGUCAACGGGAGUUAGCAGGAUAUCUCUGGAUCAGCUGCCGGAGGUGCAGCCUGCAUGUGUAGUGGUGCAAAGCCACCCUCCAGAAGAAUGGUAUGCUCGGUUCUCUUCUUUCGACCAUAUGAUCCGGGUAGUAGCUCGACUUCGCCGUUUCAUAUCGAGGUGUCGUAAGAUGGAUGUCGAAACCAGGUUCUUGAAGCAGUCCGAGCUCGACGCUGCUCUAAUUAUGGUCGUGAAAAGCGCACAGAACUGCUUUUUCCGUGAAGUCAUCAGCAAUUUAACACGUGGCGAGGAAGUUCAGCGUAAGGGUAUUGCUCGCCUUUCUCCGUUCUUGGACUCGCUCGGGGUAGUCCGUGUAGGAGGUCGCCUUCAAAACACAAAUUGGUCCGAACGUCGAAGGCACCCGAUGCUGAUACCGAAGGAAGCUCACUUGGCAGUGCUUGUGACUCGCCAUUGGCAUAGCUACGCAUGCCAUGCCGGUCCGCGGUUAUUAACCGCACUUGUUCAGAGACGUUUUUGGGUCGUUGGCAUUCGCCUUGUGGUCCAUCGGGUGAUUUGCAGGUGCAUAAUUUGCGCUAGGGUCAAGCCCGUAAAUCCUCAACCAAUGAUGGCUGAUCUACCUAGGUUUCGCCUCCAGGAAGCUCACCCGUUUUCUGUAGUUGGGAUAGACUAUGCCGUUCCCUUGCAGAUGAAGGAACUUAGCCUGCGAAAGGCACGUAUCGUGUAG